GGUUUGACAGCAGGGGCUUGUUUUACAGCACAAAACAACAAGGAUGAAGACCACAAGCGACGGAGCAGUAACACAGACAGCAUUAGGGAGGUUUAGCUGAAAAAAGACACCAGUUUAACCUCGAUCUUUGGGUGUUUGCAGCGAAACCGACACCCGGCAACUUGGAUAUCGACUCAACUGCGGAUGACUGUCUGUGCCUUUAGUUAAGUGCCCCUGGAUUUGUUGUUAUUAGCCGCUAAUGCUAACUGUAGAAGUUGCGAGCUAGCUGGCCUAGCAAGCUAAUGGUUAACGCGAGAAAGAAAGGGAUAAUUAGCCACACAUGUUUGAUUUAACCGACUCAGCGCUGUCCGGACAGUAAAGUCGGGAUUGUUUAUCUAAUGGAGCCAGCUAACAUUGAUUUUAGUCGUUCAAGAAGUGUAGCUUUGGCUGAGCUUUUGAAGUACCAGUCGUAGUAGUUACCUAGCUUGCCAGUUAGCCUCCACUAUCCUUGGCAGAAUGACUAGGAAACACCAUCAUUUUAAAGGAGCCGAAGUCAGCUGCUGCGUGAAAUACUUCUUAUUUGGAUUCAACAUUAUAUUCUGGUUACUAGGAGCAGCAUUCUUGGCCAUAGGCCUGUGGGCAUGGGCAGAGAAGGGUGUGCUGUCCAAUCUGUCAUCCAUCACAGAUCUAGGGGGCUUCGACCCCGUGUGGCUCUUCAUCGUCGUAGGAGGGGUCAUGUUCGUCCUGGGCUUUGCUGGCUGCAUCGGAGCUCUCCGAGAGAACACUUUCCUGCUUAAAUUUUUUUCCGUGUUCCUGGGUUUGAUCUUCUUCUUGGAGCUGACUGCGGGGAUCCUCGCCUUCGUCUUUAAAGACUGGAUCAAAGACCAGCUUAACUUUUUCAUCAACAAUAAUGUCAAGGCCUACCGCGAUGAUAUCGACUUGCAAAAUCUCAUCGACUUUGCCCAGGAAUAUUGGUCAUGCUGUGGAGCACAUGGGCCCGACGACUGGAAUCUGAACAUCUACUUCAACUGCACUGACAAGAAUCCCAGUAGGGAACGCUGUGGAGUCCCUUUCUCCUGCUGCGUCAAAGACCCUGCAGAGGAUGUCAUCAACACGCAAUGUGGUUAUGAUGUUCGGCUUCAAGGGGAGCUGAACCGGCAGAAAUACAUCUAUACUAAGGGCUGUGUGGGGCAGUUUGAGAAGUGGCUUCAAGACAACCUGAUAAUUGUAGCUGGAAUCUUUGUUGGAAUUGCACUUUUACAGAUUUUUGGUAUCUGCCUUGCUCAAAACCUGGUGAGUGAUGUCAAAGCUGUCAAAGCCAACUGGUGACAGGAAAAGUGAAGUGGGGCAGCCCCACCCACCGAGCCUCGCCAAGUCAACACAGCACACGAACAGACCCGUCCGGCUGAGGACGGAGAGCCAGCGUCUCCUGUCUACUUUGCCACUGAGCUAAGCAGCACAUACACACUCUCACACUUGCAUAUGUGCAGACGUUUGUCAGUGACACUUGAAAGGGGGGAAGAAGUGAUUCCACCCAAACCAGUCAAAACUUUGUUUACCACUCAGCUGGGACUUUAACCCAAAUAUGCAGAGGACAGUCCUGCCUACUUCAGUUAGAUUCUUUUUUUUUUUCGCCCCGUUUCCACUGAGUUUUGUUGUUUGGACAAAUAUAUUUAUGGCACGCAGUUGCACAACGACUCCUGUCAACUGGGAGAUUGGAAGCCAUGGAUGAAAGGAAGAGACAACAACAGCAAGACUAAACAAAACAAAGGAAAAGUGACAGUAAAUCUCUUUUUUUUUUUUUAGGUCAGAUGACAUGCUGUCACAGAGCCUUGUCCCUCUCCUCCUAAAAACAGCCUGUUUUUAAUGCGCUUAUUCCCACUUCCAGCUCCAGAGGACUGUAGCUAGCUGGCCGGCCGGCUAAUAAACACAUGGAUUCCUCUGCAUCAUUUUUCUCCAUCGUGACCUUUUACGACCACUGAAAAAAAACCUCACAACACUGGCUGGUCAUGUCUGCAACUUCGAGUCAUUACAGGAGAUUUACAUUAUAAUUUUAAAUGUUUAAACAAAAAGUGCCAUUAAUUUCCAGUGAUAUUUCUGACUUCUCUCUGUUCUCUAUAUGUCAUUUCUGCCCCCCGCCCCCCCUCAAUACCUCAGGGCCUGGCCAAAAAUAUGUGCUUUCUGCCAUUGGUUAGAAGCAUGUCUGUUUUUUUCCAUCCAUGUCUGUUGAAUUUAGAUGGACUAACUUAAUGCAGAAAAACAGUGACAGCUCCUUGAAAGUCAUCCUGUUUUCCCUGUGGUGAUUGUAUUAUCUCCUGAUUCACUGAAGGAUGUUGUUGUAUUACAUGGAAUGGCCUGGUGUGGCUGGGGUGGUAGAUCUGUGCUACACAGGGGAAAGAGUUUAAUGAUAGAGAUUGUUGCUUAUCUCUAAGCAUCCCUUCAGGCACACGGGAUUGCUGGUUUGGGGCCUUUUUACUUGACUUAUGCUACCACAUUUGUCUUAUAUUUUUGUCGUCCACUUAAGAGAAAUAUCUGUUGUUGAAGAUGUCCUGUAUUCAUCCAUUAUUUCUUUUCCUCUUAUAGACUCAUAUAUUCUUGGUUUAUUGUUUGACCACCAGGCACCUGUUUUACCUCUAACUCAUCAGUCAGCUGCAAAAUAGCUCCUUAUUGUUGAUGUUGUUAGCAGUCCUAAUGGAGACCAAAUAAUAUCAGCUGGCCAUGAGCUGACUGCCAAGGUUUUGUCUUGCUACAAUUCUGAUUUUAUUAGGAAUGCCAACAAUAGCAAUUAGCAUUUCUAGAUAGCCAAAAUGUGAAUUUAUUGUCCCUUUAUGUGGGAAGUGCCAGUUGAACUGAGAAAUCAAACAAUAAUUAAAAAUGUUACAGUAUCGCUUUUAUCUUUAUUUCAAUGCUGUGUCUUUUUGUUUGGAACGGUUUUUUAAAUAGAAUAGCAAAUACAUUCUGUUACCUUUUUGAUAUUAGCAACAAUCUCAAUAUAACAUGAAUGCUGCUUUAACUUUGUCUAGAUAUUGAUAUGUAGUACAGUAAUCGAGCUGAACAAAAAGUCUCACACGAUGGCAUUUGAAAAAAAAACUGCAGUGUUUUUCUUGUUUUGCAGGCUGAGGAAAUAUCCUGAUUACUUGUUAAUUUUAAAGUGUACACAUUGUACUCGG